UAGUCGUCUCGUCACACUGGAGUGAAAACCAAUAUGGCUGCUAAUUUGGAAAGCCAAGGUUUAGCUGCUGGUCCCCCUUCACCGGCAAAUUUGGGAGGAACAAAGUCAAAAUCUACAUGUAAUUCAAAUUCAAGUGAUAGAAAAGGUAUUCCUGGUCAGGCUGAAGAAAUUUUAGACACAGCAAAUGAGCUUUUACUAAGAAAAGACUAUGGCAAAGCAUUGUCCUACUUUGCCUAUAUUGUCCACACCAUACCGUUGUUUAGAGAUCAAGUUCACGACGAUUUUCUAUUCGCCUUGAAGAGCUGGAGCGGUAUUUUAGCAGAACAUAAUAAAGCAGAAGAUUUGGUAAAGUGUCUAAGGGAAGCUAGCAGACUGUUCCCAGACUCUGCAGAAAUUGCAAACAUUGUUGGUUCCACCCUGUUCCAAUUGAAUAUGUUUGAUGAGGCUGCUUUAAAUUUUCGCCGAGCACUCAAGCUUGACCCACAGCACAACAAUGCAGCAGAGAAUCUUGACUCAAUUGCAAAUCUACUAGUUGAGAGGUGGCAUUUUCGAAUGCUUAAUGAUAAGGGCCGAAACGAGGCCUAUAGAAAUGCGAUAAACCGAUCUAUGAAUAAUGGUUGCAAUCAGGUUUUGGAUAUUGGUAGCGGAACAUGUAUCCUAAGCAUGUUUGCUAUCCAGUCAGGGGCGAAGGAAGUAUAUGCUUGUGAAAUGUCAAAAACAAUGUAUGAUCUUUCGUUGGAUAUCCUGAUGGCCAAUCAAAUGAGAGAUUCAAUCCACAUAAUCAACAAAAAGUCACAGGAUUUGACAAUUCCUGAGGACAUGCCUGAAAAGGUCUCACUAAUAGUAACUGAGACCUUGGAUUGCGGGUUACUUGGGGAAGGUAUUAUAGACACUUUAACCCAUGCAAAACAAGAGCUUUUAACAAGCAACCAGAAGACUCAGAUUAUCCCUGAGAGUGCUAUGGUAUAUGGGCAACUUAUCCAAUGUGAAAAAAUAAAAAAUUACUCCCGAGUGAAGAAAGAUAUUUUUAGCCAUGAUGUCGGUAUCAUUCAGAUUCAUGGUGCCGAGAUGUCAGAAAAGGGAACAGAGCCUUAUACAACUGAGGAAAUGAGUUGUGUAGAACAUACAACACUUUCUGAACCUUUUCACAUCACUUCCUAUGAUUUUCAAACACCUGAGAAGUAUAUUUGCGAAGCUACAUUGGAACUUACGCUCCCUGUUGUAAGGUCUGGUUGUUUGGAUGCGAUAAUGGUGUGGUUUGAACUAAGGUUGGAUCCACACGAAACUCUGUCCAGUGCUCCCGGUUGCAGUGUUUGCUGGGAGCAGGCUGUGUAUCCUUGCCAACUUCUGGAAAGUGAGAGAUCAGUGAAGACUGGAGAAAAAGUCAGUUUAAAUGUAAGACUGGUGAAUAAUGCAAUUUAUUUGGAAGUUCAAGGCAUAGCAAGGAAUCCUAAUUUUACAUUAGCUGCUGAUGAUACUGCAAAGAGUAUGCCAUGCCAAAGAGUAUGCAAGUCAAGUGAUCUUCAAGUGACUGAACAUGAUUUGAACUCUAUUGUAGGAGAUCACAUAUCCAUGGUUUUGCCAUAUCAAGACAUUAGCAAGUUAAAUGAUACUAAAUUCACUGAGAUUUGCAAUGAAGCACUUUCCGAUGCAUUUGAAAAGCUGAAAAUAUUGCCCACACAAGACUUGGCUGAAGAAUCAACCCUUGGUUGUAUUGUUCUAUGUAGCUCACCCAGUUUCAACCCACUUUUUGCCAUAUGGUCUAGGUUUUCACCAGUAGUUUGUUUAUCAAACAACAAGGAUUUCAUGCAGUGUUUGAACACAAUAGCUGGUCAGACAGGGAAAUCAGAAGAUCUUUGCUUCUUUGAUAAACCUCUUGAAGAACUAGCUGGAACCAAAGGAUGGGGCAUUUUGAUUGUAGAUCCUGUUGAGCCAGGUGGCCAACUAAGGCAAGGAGUGAUAGAAGAUAUAGUGUUGGCCAAGGGAUGUGUGCUGUGUGAAGAUACUGGGAUAGUCUUGCCAAGACGAAUUGAAGUCUGGGGCAUGUUGAUCAGCUCAAGUUCUUUAUGUCAGAAAAGCCUUGUGACAAGCAAAGAUGUCACUUUAGGCCUAAAUAUUGCAGGUUUUAUGAACACUUUUCAAGUUGUGAACCAAAUUGAUGUUGAUGUUAAAAGUAACCCUUUUGACACUCUAACUGUUCCAGAGAUGCUUCUUGCAAUGGACUUUUCGAAACCACAUGAUGAUGAGUCACUUCUCUCACUGCUAAAUAUAACUUGUGAAAAGCAUGUGACAGCAUGCAAAGAGGGAAUUGCUGAUGGACUUAUGUACUGGUUUGAACUUGGGUAUAUCAAAGACAGUAAGAUUAGCACUGGGCCAGAUUCUGGCUGUCAAUUCAAUCAAGUUGUUAUCAUGUUUAAGGAGAAGGUUUCUGUCAUCUUCGGACAGAAGUUUCUGGUGAAGACAUCUUGUAAAAACAGCUGCAUUAUGGCUAGUGUUCGAGCACUUUAAGAACUAAAAACAAUU